UGUUGACAAUAAUGUCAUCAAAUAAAGCCGUAAAUUUAAAAACUUUACUAAACUAAACUAAGCUUAAGAUAUUGGAUCUAAUAAAGUAAUCUUAGGUCCAAUGUCUUAGUUCGUUGUGAACAAUGAAAGGUGAACUUUGACAAGUUCGACUACUACCUCUCAUUAUUUCAUUUUUGCAAGCACCUAAUCUUUAUGAAAUAUAGCACCUGUUGUUUUGAUUUCUGUUACUAUGAUUUCAAUAGAGCCUUGUACUGACGAUUUCCCAAAGGUGAGGGACCAAAAAAUUGCAACAGAUGGAGUAAACUCUAUAACAGUUGGUAAUUAUUUUCCUCCCACCUAUUUGGAGCUAAUACAUAAUAUGGAAUUGAAAGAAACAGACAUCUUACUGGCAACAUAUCCAAGAUCAGGAACAACAAUAACAAGGAGAUUGUUGUUGGUAAUGAUGUAUGGAGCUGAUUCAGUGCUUAAAAUUAAUAUUAAAGAAAUGGAGGAAAUGUCUCCUUUUAUAGAACUGAAAAAAGAUGAAACAGGAUACUUUGGCUACCACGCUGCAAAAGCAUUGGAAGAUGCUCCUCGCCGCCUAUUAAAAACGCAUUUACCAUUUUGGGUGGCACCUAAGUCGACAAAGGCAAAAAAGAUUAUUGUUGCACGAGAUGCGAAACAAAAACCCAAGAGAUAUACAACACGCUCGAGUUUGAGACGUUUUACAGAAUGUUUGUAUCGGAUUCUACUCUUUGGGGAGAUUGGUAUCAGUGGUAUAGAUGUUGGCUGA